UAGUCAUAUAUAUCCUUCUUUUAUUUCUACUCUCUCUAUCUCAAUGGUCAUGGCAGAUUCAACCUACAGCAACUCCAAUAAUGACUAUAACACUAACAACCUCCUUCUCUUGGAUCUCAAUUAUUCUCCUUCUCCUUCUCCAUCUUCUUCUCCUUCUACCAAUUCCUUCAAUUACUUUCAUCCUCCACCAAUCACACAACCCCUUCCCUUCCUUCACCUAAGCCCUACAACAACACAUCAACAACAACAACUAGAUCUUCAAUCUUCAUUUUGUGCCAUGGAAGUUGACAACAAUAACAAUAAUAAGGUGCCUCUACACUUAGGGCUUCAAAGCACGCUAGUAGUACAAGAAGAAGAAGAAGAAGAAGAAGAAAAGAUCACUGUUGCUUCUGAAUAUGUUAUGUCAAAUGGAAUUAACAGAGGACAGUAUUGGAUCCCAACACCUACUCAGAUCCUCAUCGGUCCUACACAGUUCGCAUGCCCCCUUUGCUUCAAAACCUUCAACAGAUACAAUAACAUGCAGAUGCAUAUGUGGGGGCAUGGAUCUCAAUAUAGAAAGGGUCCAGAAUCUCUAAGGGGAACACAACCAACAGCAAUGUUGAAACUGCCAUGUUAUUGCUGUGCACCAGGAUGCAAGAACAACAUAGAUCACCCUAGAGCAAAACCACUCAAAGAUUUCAGAACCCUUCAAACUCAUUACAAGAGAAAGCAUGGACUUAAACCCUUCACUUGUAGGAAGUGUUCCAAGGCAUUUGCUGUGAGAGGUGAUUGGAGGACUCAUGAGAAGAAUUGUGGGAAGCGAUGGUAUUGCUCUUGUGGCUCUGAUUUUAAGCACAAGAGAUCCCUUAAGGAUCAUAUCAAGGCAUUUGGAAAUGGACACAAAUCUUAUGCAAUUAAUGACCAUCUUUGUGUUGAUCAAGAUGAUAAUGGAGCUACCUCUGAAGUUGAAGAAAAUGAUUCAUUCCACUCCUAGUAUAAUUUACAUGCAUGCUAUGCUUUCUCAUAUAUAUUUUAAUUUCUAGCUUAAUUAGCACUCUGUUAUUAUUAUUAGCUACCUUAAUUAUGUAUGUUUCCUGUUAUUGCAUAUGUAUGUAGACCAAGUAAUUUUUUUAACUUUCUAGAUUCAAUGUGUGAUCAGGAUUUUAAUUUCA